UCCCCGCCCCCGCCCCGGCUCCGGCGUCUCGGGACAUCGCUGCCAUGGCCAAGGAGCUGCGGAGGGCCUUCCUGGAGCUGCUGCAGCGGCCAGGGAACGCGCGCUGCGCCGACUGCGGCGCCCCGGAUCCAGACUGGGCCUCCUACACCCUCGGGGUGUUCAUCUGCCUGAGCUGCUCCGGGAUCCACCGCAACAUCCCCCAGGUCAGCAAGGUCAAGUCCAUCCGCCUGGAUGCCUGGGAGGAGGCCCAAGUGGAGCUCAUGGCCUCCCAGGGGAACAGCGCUGCAAAGGCCACGUUCGAGUCCAGCGUCCCGCCCUUCUACUACCGGCCCACGCCCUCCGACUGCCACCUCCUGCGGGAGCAGUGGAUCCGGGCCAAGUACGAGCGGCAGGAGUUCACGGACCCCGAGAAGCAGGAGCCGUACUCCGCAGGAUACCGCGAGGGCUUCCUCUGGAAGCGGGGCAGAGACAGCGGGCAGUUUCUGAGCCGGAAGUUUGUGCUGGCCGAGCGCGAAGGGGCCCUGAAGUACUUCAACAGAAGCGACGCCAGGGAGCCCAAGGCCGUCAUGAAGAUCGAGCACCUGAACGCCAGCUUUCAGCCGGCCAAGAUCGGUCACCCUCACGGCCUGCAGGUCACCUACCUGAAGGACAACAGCACCCGGAACAUCUUCAUCUACCACGAGGACGGGAAGGAGAUGGUGGACUGGUUCAAUGCGCUGCGUGCCGCCCGCUUCCACUACCUGCAGGUGGCCUUCCCGGGCGCCAGUGACGCCGACCUGGUGCCGAAGCUGACCAGGAGCUACCUGAAGGAAGGCUACAUGGAGAAGACAGGGCCCAAGCAGACGGAAGGCUUCCGGAAGCGCUGGUUCACCCUGGACGACAGGAGGCUCAUGUACUUCAAGGACCCGCUGGACGCCUUCGCCCGCGGGGAGGUCUUCAUCGGCAGCCGGGAGAGCGGCUACACGGUGCUGGACAGGCUCCCGCCGUCCACCCAGGGCCACCGCUGGCCGCACGGCAUCACCAUUGUGACACCGGAGCGCAGGUUCCUGCUGGCUUGCGAGACGGAGGCGGAGCAGCGCGCGUGGCUGGAGACCUUCCGGCAGGUGGUGGACAGGCCCAUGCUGCCCCAGGAGUACGCAGUGGAAGCCCACUUCAAGCACAAGCCCUAGCAGGAGGCGGUUCCGAGGCCCGAGGAAUCUGGACGCACUAGAUGUGGCAGGACGUGGGGCCUGUGGACGGAGGUGGUGGCUGCCAGCCCGGCUCUGAGCAGCAGCCCGGACGUGGCCAGGUGGGGCUGGAGCUCUGGCCACUGGGACUCGUUUCUCUGAAACUGCACUGUGGGCCAGCCUGGCCCAGCCUGACCUCUGACCCCAUCAUGCUGCUGCCCCAUGACACCCCAGACCCCGCCCCCUCCGCCUCCUGGACCACUCCACUGGGGGCCUGGCCACCCCACUCAGGACAGCACAGCGCCCUCCCCUAACCGCCCUGCCACCUGCGCCCCUGAGCGGGACCCCGCCCCAACCAGGCCGGGCUGUGGGGACGGCGGGCGGUGCGCCCUGCAUGCUCCCCGGCCUGCCCCACCUCCUCGUGCCCUCGCCCCCCCCCACAACAAGUAUUUAUUGAGCAUCUGCCGUGUGUUCGUCGAGGGGUCUUGGGGCUGGUGUGGAAGACACAGCCGUGUCCUCAAGGGGCUGACCUGGAGUGUGCAUGCGGGCCUUGCGGCCCUGGACGCCCGGCUCAGGCAGGGGACCUGGGGGUCUGCUCGCGUCUGCUC